UGCCAUGUCGGCCGAGAACGCUGCGGCGCCGGCCGAGCCCGGCCCGGAGACACAGAGCGUGGUGAGCCGCGUGGCCAGCCUGCCCCUGGUGAGCUGUGCCUGCGGGGCCGUGGCCUCGGCGUACGGGCGCACCAAGGAGCGGCACCCGUGCGUGGGCUCCGUCUGCCGCGUGGCUGAGAAGGGCCUGAGGACGCUGACAGCGGCGGCAGCCAGCGGGGCCCAGCCCCUCCUCACCCGGCUGGAGCCCCAGAUUUCCACCGCCAACAAGUUUGCCUGCAGAGGGCUGGACAAGCUGGAGGAGAAGCUGCCCAUGCUGCAGCAGCCCCCCGAGAGGGUGGUGGCCGGGACCAGGGAGCUGGUGUCGGGCACGGUGAGCGGGGCCGUGGCCAGGACGCGCUCGGCGCUCGGGGCCGUGGCGGGCGUGGGGCGGCUGCUGGCCACAGGCGUGGGCACCGUGCUGGGCAAGUCAGAGGAGCUGCUGGAUCGGUACCUCCCUGGGACAGAGGAGCAGCUGGCAGCAGCAGGCACAGAGGUAACCACGGGCACGGAGGUGACCAGAGGCAGCGAGGUGACCACAGGCACGGAGGUGACCACGGGCACAGAGGUUACCAGGGGCACGGAGGUGACCGCAGGGACAGAGGUGACCAGGGGCACGGAGGUGGCCCCGCAGGAGCGGCAGAGGCGGUGGCAGAGCUACUUUGUCCGCGUGGGCUCCCUGUCAGCCAGGCUGCCACACCGGGCCCUGCGGCGCUCGCUGGGCGACCUGCAGCGGGCACGGCUCCGUGCCCAGCGCCUCCUGGGCCAGCUCCACCACGUCAUCCGGCUGAUCGAGGAGGGGCAGCAGGGCACGGAUGGGCCCUGGCACAGCACCCGGGAGCACCUGCAUCACCUGUGGCUGGAGUGGAGCCAGCAGGACGCGGUGCCCAUGGAGGACAGCGAGGUGGAGGCUCGGACUCUGGCCAUGCUCCAGGGGCUCCUGCACCAGCUCCACGCCGCCUGCUCCCACCUGGCCGUGGGUGCCCGAGCGUUCCCCAGCAGCGUGCAGGAGACGGCGGGACACGUCCGGCACGGCGUGGAGGGCAUCCAGGCCUCCCUGGCCAGCGCCCGCUCCUUCCAGGAGCUGUCGGGGCUGGUGCUGGCGCAGAGCAGGGAGGCGGUGACGCGGGCGCAGCUCAGCCUCGAGGGGCUGCUGGAGCACGUGGGGCAGCACACGCCCCUGCCCUGGCUCGUGGGACCUUUCGCCCCCGCGCUCGUGGAGUACCCGGAGGACGUCCCGGUGGAUAUGUCCAAGUGGGAGGGCUGUGUCACCGUGGGGGGGACGCACCGGGUGCCCGCUGCCCCCCAGGUCUGCGGCCGGCACUGA